AGCACUAAUUCAGGAUAUGGUAGAGCACUGAGCCACGUACAUUUGAAAAGAGACUGAAAGGAUUGGGUUGUAAGCCAAUAAGCACUAAAACGAAUACAAAAGAUUAAAAAAAAAUUUACAAGUGUUAUACUAGCUCUGACUAGGGCUGUCCAUUUGGUUUUGGUUUUUUGGUUUUAACCGAAACCAAACCAAUUGGAAAGCUAAUGGUUUCAGUUUUUUGGUUUUAAACCAAUAAGCAACUUAAUGGUUUUGGUUUGGUUAAAACCAAAAAACCAAUAAGAAUAAAAUGAUUUAUCAACAAAAAAAAAAUUUUUGUUUCUUUUGACACGCGUGCCAACCAAUAAUUUGUUAUGAUCCAUUUACCAUUAUUAUGACGUUUAUUCAAUAAAAAGGAGGGAAAUAGGAAUAAAUAUGAGUGUAUGAGUACAUGUUGGUUUCUUGGUUAUCCAAACCAAAACCAAAACCAUUAAGGCCCUUAUUGGUUUUUGGUUGCCAAAAACCAAUAAGGACCUUAAUGGUUUUGGUUUUGGUUUUUGGGAUUUGGUUUUUGGUUUUUGGUUUUUCAUACUUAAUGGUUUGGUUAACCAAACCAAACCAAAUUGACAGUCCUAGCUCUGACUCCUGCGUAGGACUGGACCAUGGCUCGGGGGUGGCUCCCUGAAUCCGCCACUGUAAAUAUUGAUAAUAACAUUGCAAAGUUUUAAUAAUGUCAUUAAAUUCAAUUAUAGAGAGUUAGAGACAAUGAUUGAUUAGUUAUGAACAUGACGUGAAAACAUGCAUCACUUUUAAUAAAGAUAGUAAGGUAAUGCUAUUAAAAAUGUUAAUACUGACAUUUGUUUAAAGAGUAAGGAAUCGGAAUCAUUUUUUCUCUCUCUCUCUCACUUGUAAUGACUUAUUAGCAACACAUAGUUUAGUGUCAACAAAACUAUUCCAUGGACCAAGGUAGCAAAUCUUAUUAUUCAGCUUAGCUCCAUCAAAGGUUCGUAUACAUAUGUGUAGCCUACGACACACGAACGUGCUUGUUUAAAUGCUAAUCAAUAUCGCGCCCUAGAGAUUGCGAACGGGUUUCAGAAACCAUGCAGCACAGUGGACAUGCAUGUGCGGCGACAUGGAUGAACCUUAAUCCCCUACAUAAUAUAUAUCCAUAAUCCAUAGUCUAUCUGGGAUAAUGUAUCGACACUAAAAGCAGUAAGCAAACGUCAUUGUUUAAAGAUAUCCUGCCCUAGAGAUUGGGACGAUCGAGUUUACGGUAAACACGCUGUAGAAAUACACGUGCAUGCAUGUGUCAUGUGUGGAGCAUCGGGUGGCUGACUGGCUAGGGUCUAGGGCAGAUGGCGGAAUCCUUUGGGAGACUAGCUAGCUAGCAGCUCCAAACUUCUUUUUAGACUAUAGAGUCUAGGGCAUAAUAAAUUGCGGUCAAAUAUGGGAUGCGGCCUGUGAUAAUAUUCUUGUAAUAUGUAAGGGUAGGUCUAGUUGGGAACUUAAUUAACCGAGACUUGUCUUACGCAAUCUAGGGUUAUGAUUCAUGUACAGCAAACACCUAAUAGUUAAUUGAAUAUGAGAGUUGAUCGCUUCGAUCGUGAAAUAGUCUUGAUUACUCUGAAUGAGAAAACCACCUAAUCAUGUGUGAGUUCCUUCUGUUUAGAUUGAUCUCUCAUUUCGAUUCAAUUCGUUCUUCGUUUCACUAUUCUAGCUCAUUCUUGAUCAGCUUCGGUAUUUUAUUAGUCCCAUGCAUGCUCCUCAACCAUGCAUGGUAGGCUGCUCUCUGUUUAUUCUUGACACAAACAUUGUCUGAUGUUUUUGUGUUGUGGUGAUGCGCAGGUUAUCAAGAUCUUUGUAUAUAUUGUAGGAAGGAAUUCUACAACUAGGAGCCAAGCUCCACCUUCCAUCCCCUAUAACGAAAUUGGGUGUUCCCUUUGACGAAGCCACUCUAUUCUGGGCGAGAGGAGGAAUUGGUUUCGUGUUAAGGCGUUUCUAUCAAUUCCUCCAUGGAUUAUAUGCAUAUGCGUGUGUGUGUUCGGCACGCUUUCCCUUGAGCAAAAAACUUGGAGGGGCUGUUUGCUUUUAUAAUUAGAGAGUGGUAUUAAUUUUAAUAUAAAGUAGUUAAGUAGUAAGUACCAUGCUACUUGCUUGUAGAUGAAUUUCAAGAUCACAUGUAAAAUCGUACGAACUCCUAGUAAACCGUCUAAACAAACUGUAAACUAUAAAAAAAAUCAUGUCUCGUAUCUCCUACGAUCUACUCGAGAUUUUAAUCAGAACUUCUUACCAGGAAACAGCAGACAUGAGGACUCAGACUACCUAAGAGGCACCGUCAGCAAACGAGGCAGAAAUCAUUCAUGGGUUGUUGUAUCUGCGAUGAGUAGCCAGUCUUUCACUAAGAUUUCGAAUAGCUGUCCCAGCUUUUGUUAGAUACCGAACAUAAAAUUUAGCAUUACCGAUCUAGCUGAGUCGCAGACAAGGUCGCUCUCUUUAAGACGUUCGCGGCACUGCCUCGUUAUUCGCACAGCAGACUAUCAGUCGGUUGCCUCCAGGAUAAAACAGCCACUCUUUUGAUUUGCUCAGCGGUUUUGUGCGGAAAACCGAAGCUCUUUGAAUCUCACUCUCUCGUGUUUUUGCUCUUCUGAGGUGUAUUUAGAGGGUCUAGAGGACUGCUAUUUAUAGGAGCAGAAAACCUAGAAUAUUCCCUCUUUCUUUGGGAAUAAGUCAUAUUUUAAUUAGAGAGAUAAUUACUUUCAUAAUUAAAAUAUAAUCUAUUAAGAUAAUUAAUUCUAAUUAUCUCCAUAAUAUUCAUUUUAUUAAUUAUCAUGUUAAUUUCUUAUUAUGAAAAUACUAAAUAAUUAAUUAGGAAUUUCAUUUGUAGCUUUUCAAAGCUAUUUAUUCCAACCGUUUCUUUUUUUUCUCGAAGUGCUUGGUGCAGGAUAGACGCCGCCGGCGAAGCCACCUCCUACGAUUCCUUGUCGGUUCGGUGAAGUCAGCUGUCUUUUUACGCCGAGUUUUGGAAACGGCCCAGCCCAAGAGGGAGCGAAGCGAAACGUAAUGCGCAGCGGGCGAAGCAUUUGAGGCUUGGGCUCCGUUCCCAGGCUGGGCGGCUUCCGCGGUCCAUGAUAGAAGCCUCUCCCAUCUUGGGCUCUCACUUGCGCUGGCCCAUUAGAUAGAGUUGCACCAAAAAUGAUUUCACACGGCACAGAAAGAUUAAAAGAAAAAAAAUCUACAAGGGCACUCAACUCUCUGUUUUCUUCCAUUUCAAAAUUUUUUGUAACGAGAGCCAAAAUAAAAAGGCAUAUCAGUCAUCAUAAUUUUUUAUUUUCUAUACUUAAAAAUAUGUAAAUGUUGAUAUUUGAACUCGAAUUUCUUCAAAAAAAACAAUAAUCAUACCAAUUACACUAAAUAAAUUUGUUUUACCUUUCUAAAUUAAAAUAAAUAAGAAGAAAUAAAGUUGAGCCAGUUCCACUAGUUACCAGGGCUGUCGCUGCACCAUUGUGGCUGCCGCCAUCACCAGAUGAACUCUUGCCCACUUCGUUCAAGUCGGUGUCGUCGCUGGUUGCGGGAGGAAAAGAGGAGGCUGAAGCUGUUUGGUGAGCUUUAUGGUCGCUUGCCCACGGACGGAGAAGAUUUGGAAGGUCACGACACUGAUUUUGGUGGGAGUUUGAGGUUGCAAUCUCUGCAGGAAUCGAAUUGGACAGUUGGAAAGAAGAUGGGGCUUCGGGUUGCUGCUGAUUAUUGUGUUCGAAUUUUUAAAAGAGAUCUCGACGUUGCUGACGAUGUCGACGUGGUGGGAGCUAUCCUUGGUCCAGACGCAGCUUAAUCGACGACCAGACCAGCAACCACCACCAUCCCACAAGCUACUGCCUUUGUAUUGCCACCGCUGCCCAAACAGUACAGAGGGACAAUCAAUCUUUGUCAAGUCAGUUGAAGGGAGAGUUCCAAUCGCCCGCACUGAGCCUGCCGCCUUUGAAGCCGAAAUUCCCAGUAAUAUUGGUGUGCAAAAGAUAGGAAUGAGCGCUUCUCUUUUUAAUGAAGGGGCAUCUUGGGAGGAAAGUGAAGUUUGUGGGGAAAGAUUGCGAUAAGAAUUUGGACAGGAAGGAUAAAGAAGGCGUAGUACAGAAAUUGAAGCUGAGGAAAUGUGUGGGCCAAGCUUGGGUCUAAUGAGGAACACAUAUGCCUUGAUUGUAUUGAUGGCAGAUCACUUUCAGCUGGCAAUCGUCCGGGUUCCAAGAUACUAUGUGCCACAAAACCGGCAAGAGGCGGAAGAUGGCAGGGCACAAUUUCGGGGCUCUGUGACUUGGAGCUGGCAAACCGGGGUUGUGGAUCAACUUCCUCAGCCAAGAGCAGCUGUUCGCCGGAGAUUUUGACAGUAGGGUUUCUUUCUUUGACGGCGGUUGGUGGGAAAAGACGGGCAGAAGGGACAGAGAGAUGACAACGUUAGGGGGAUUGGGAUCGGCCACUAAGGGGAAUUGGGAUGGGUGAGUAGUUUUUUUAAUGUUUGUUUUUUAAUAAAUUUUUUUUAUCUUA